AUGGAAAUAACGGGGCAUACCAUGGUCUGGGGCCAAACCGGAGUUGAAACGCGGCUGAGCUUAAUUGUUCAUGUCCUCAAAGUUCAAGUUGAGGGCUUGAACUACCUUGGCUGGAGCAGAACAAUUGGGAAACCUAAUCUCAAUUUCAAAAUGCAAAGAGUUCCCAUUAGUACCUGCUUUCUUGCGAGGCUCAGGAGCAAGGUUGGUGUAUCUGCGAGGCAAGAACACGCCUGUUACUGGGAGGAUUAUCGGAUCAAUGGCGGAGAUUUCGUCCUGAAGCGGUCGCACUCGUUCGGAUUUGAGCGGAGCUCGGCGUCAGCGGAGAGAAUGAUGGUGACGGAGCCAGCGACAACGUCAUCGUGGCAAUACCAUAGAGGAAGCUUCUGGAGCAAGCGGUUGUCGCCCUUCGGGUCGUUGAUGAAGGCUCGGGUCUUCUCCUUUAAGUCAACGUACAGAGGCGGCGUGAAUAUGAAAUCGUCUUUCUUCCACCGGAAAUUCUUCUUCCCACUGACGGAGCCGAGCGUGAGAUUCUCCGAUGGCAGCGUAAGAGGAUCGUCUUAG